AGGAAUAACCGGAACAUCCCGGGCUGCGCUGGAAGGUGACGCCACCCCCGAGCUCACACUGGACGCUCUAUAUAAGAGCCGGGGAACGGGGCGGGUGCGUUUAACAGCCGGGAAACCAGCGCGGCUGGGAUCGGAGCUGCCCCAUGGAGCAGCCAGAGCCAGUGAAAAAGAAGCGUCCUCCAGUGAAGGAGGAAGAUCUCAAAGGAGCCAGAGGAAACCUGUCCAAAAACCAGGAAAUUAAGUCCAAGACCUACCAAGUCAUGAAGCAGUGCGAACAAAUGGGCUCUGCAGCACCUUCCAUAUUCAGCCGAGCGCGGACGGGCGGUGAGACGGUCUUUGAGAAGUCCAAGGACGAGCCGCCCAAAAGCGUCUUUGGGUGAGAGCCGGGCUGCACCCCACGGGUGGCUGUGUAAUGUUACUGCACGUCUCUGACCCUGCACCGAGCUCACCAUAGUUACAGACACCCAGUUUCUACCUGAAGUCAUUAUAAAGGGAGCGGGUUAAUAUCAAAGGGUACAACUUCCACUUUUGUUUUUAUUACGGGCGUUCUUUCCACGUGCAGAAUGCUGUUUGCUGCAAUGGGUUGGUAAAUAAAAUGACUGUUGGACACGG